CUGCACGCGAUCAAAUCACUUUCCUUAGCCGCUGGGACUAGACGCAUUUCCCACCUAGACAAAAACAUUCAAAUGUGUAAUUGAAUUCGUUAUUUUUGCAACUGUCAAAUUUCCAACCUGUUAAAAUUAUCUGUCAAAAUGAGGACGAGACCCAAUUUGACUUUUUCGAAACUAGACAAAGAGACGGGGGAUAAAAUUGACCGUAUGUUCGAUAAACAGGAUUGCAUGGUGGAGAUCAAUCCAGGUCGAGUGAUCCUUCCAGCUGAUUACAUGACGAUCGGCCAGGAUAUCCUGGACAUGGAGGUCUUGGAAGAGGACGUGUGGAUGUGCUCAUAUCCUCGGACUGGUUCAACUUGGGCUCAAGAAAUGGUCUGGCUAAUUGGUCACGAUUUGGACUACGAAGGUGCGAAAUCUUUGCAACAGAUCCGCUGCCCACUAGUGGAGCUAUCUUGUAUAAUGGUGGACGGGCACGCAGAGUGGCACGACGAGUCAGUCAGAGGCACAUCCGUGGACCUCGUCAAGUACCGGCUGGCACACCCACGCUACAUCCGCAGUCAUUUGCCCUGGGACUUAUUACCAACGGAUAUAUUGAACGAAGAUGGAUCUGUCAAACCUAAGGUGAUAUACACAUCCCGUAACCCAAAGGAUAUGGUAGUAUCGUACUAUCAUUACUGCUCGCUAGUCCAUGGGCUAAAAGGCACUUUUGAGGACUUUUGUGACCUCUUCAUAAGAGAUCGCGCGCCGUUUGGCCCCGUUUGGAAUCAUAUUUUUGGUUUUUGGAAAAGGCGCGACGAUCCCAACAUGUUGUUUAUCAAGUUUGAAGAGAUGAAACGUGAUCUGCCAAACGUUGUCAGAAAAACUGCCAAAUUUCUUGACAAAACCCUCAGUGACGAAGAAGUCUUCAAACUUUGCGACCAUCUCUCGUUCCAAAACAUGAAGGCUAACCGAGCUGUUAAUUUGGAAGCCAUUUUAGAGAAAUCUUAUGGCAAAUCUUUUUUGGAUCAGACUUCUUUAAGGUUUAUAAGGAAAGGAGAAAUAGGAGAUUGGAAAAAUUAUAUGUCAGAUGACUUAUCACGACGUUUUGACGAUUGGGCGGAACAAAAUAUGAAAGGGACUGAAUUAAGUUUUGAAUAACUGUUAAUUAAUUAACUAUGCUAAUAUAAUGAUAUGCAUGGUAGUUGUAUUGAUAAGAAUUUAAAAUAUUUUUUAAUUGAUAAGUUUCAAGUAUUUUGUAGAUUUUUUUAGGUAAUUAAUGGAAGACUAUUGUUAAACUAGAUUAAUAAACAUUUAUUUCCAAGUAGCCCCUACGAACUCUAUUGUUAAUAAUUAUAAUUUGCUCAUUGAUUAAAUGAUAAUGAAAUGGU